AUGGCAGAAUUGAUAAAUAAGAUUCCUGCUCAGAAGACAGGUCCUGAGUUCCUUGCAGCUUCUCAUUUUACAAUCAGCCACGAAGAUCGCUGGGCACCACAUAAAGACCCACAUGUGUACAAAAGCACAUUUAAGAAAGAUUACCCACCCCUCCCUCUGACAAAAAGAGAGCGCAUUCCUUCUCCUUCUCCAGCAGUAAUCAUGCACAAAGAUGGUCGCUACAAUGACAAGUGUUCCAUGACUCGGGGACACUUUGUUGAGAAGUCUCUUGGAGAGCGGGAUCAAGAAAAUUCCACUUAUGCCUUGACAAAGACAAAUUUCAAGAUGGAUUCUGACAGCCAGUUGAAAUCAUUCCAGACAACACACAAGGAAUAUUAUCCUGUUCGACCUCUUAAGGAGGCCAGGAACCCUGCUGCAACAGGAAAAAGUGACUGGAUGCGAAGUUACAUUCCACAAGGUGUGUUGGUAGACAUAGUAAUGAGUAUUGAGUUUCAAAUAAGUGUAUUGGCAUGAGUUUCAUAAAUAUAAUAAUUACAUGGCUGAAUCAAGUGAAUCCUGCUUUCUGAUUGGUUACUGGAGAGGGCAGCCUGAUGGGAUUACCUGCGUUGGUCCCACAAGAAAAGUUCUCUUUUUUGGCCUCAUAAUAAAUCCUUUAUUGACAUUUGAACCAAGCUGAUUUGGUCAAGGUGGCUGAAUAUUGGUCUCCUUUUCAACUCAGUCAAUAAAAACACAAAAAGAACUUGGCCAAUAUCCAGCCAUCUUAACUUCACCCUUGGUCAAUAAUACCUGAACACACUGUCAUCCCCCUCCUCAUGACUACAACAAGUAUGCUAUACACUGUACUUUACAACUCCUCCCUUAAGUAUCCCUUCAAGAAUUUAUACCCUGGCCAGGUAUUGAGAGGCGGGGUCAGGGAGUUUCCCCAGCUACUACGAACAUGGCCCCUGGCUACUUUCAAAGGAAAAUAGAAGAAAAAUAGAGCCAAAAGAAACCCUUAGCUAUUUGAUUUCCUGCCUACUUUUUUGGUAUUUAUCUGGCAACUCAAAAUCUUAGUGACAACCCUGCAUACCUAAAGCCAUGACCUUUUUGCAGUGCAAUCAAUAAUUAACAUUUGGGGUUGCAGCUUAGAGUGGAUGAGGUUAAAGGGUAACAGAUUUUUAUGUGGCCCCAUCCCCUGUUUGUUACUAGUCAUCAUCAUCAUCAUCAUCAACGGUCCACUGCUCUGAAGAUUGACAUCACUUUGUCUAGCCACUGAGUCUUAUUUGUCAUUGAUCUCCUAAAUUCUUCAAAAUAAACAGGGUAUCUCUUGAGAUUGUCAAGAUAGCUGGGGGUUUGUUUUCUUUACAUUUAUUUUUGGUCAUGGGUAAUCUCCAGAGAAAGUUCAUCAUCACCCAGUUUUUUCCCCCUUAAGCAGUGGCCCUCAGAAAGCUCUCCUUUGUGCCACAAAAGAAAAACCAUAGCUCUUAUAGCGAUUCUGUUGCAUGAUAUUUGAUGUCUUUGAGACCACGAGAACUAUCUGAAACAGAGGUGUCCACAUUCUCUACACCAAAACAGGUUCAACUGUACAAUGUAAAACUACACACUGCAAGUUAAACGUCCCUAAACAUAAUGACCCCAACAAGGGCUGUUAUCUUUUCCAAACUUUACAUUGCUCAAAUAUUAUACCAUUAUUAUGUUUAUUGUACUGCAAGUUCCCGUAAUUUAAUUCACCACUCCUUAAAACUUCGGGAGGGAAUUAAUGGGUACAAGCUGUUGGCGCAAAGUUGUUACAGCUGGACAUGUAGUUAAUAAGUGGUUGAUAGCAUACAAAGGCAGCAAUUUUAUUAACCAGUCAAUGCUUAUAAUUUUAUUGUCUGCCCCAAACAAUCCCAGAAAUUUGUCAUGUCAUUUGAAUUUUUACCAAACACUUGGAAAAUUUUCAACAGAAAAGUCAUUUUCUCAAGCUUGUACCUUUUCUCUCAAUAGUUUCUGGGUGGCAACUGUUGUAUGCCACGAUAAUUAAUUAGAGUGAAGAAUGAUCAUCGCAGUAAAUUUUCCAAUUUAAGCAAUUGGAAAGAAGAAGCCUGAAAAAAAAUCAGGGCUUCAACACGAUAAUUAAUUACAUACAUCUAAUCACAACAUUCCAUUAUUUGAACAUCACAGGAGAUAAGGAAAAGGAGCUUUGGCCACAUUCAGACUAUCGAAGCAAGUUUCUGGGAGAACAGCUAGGUAAAAGAGAUAUUUUACCUCCAUUUGACAAACACACUGGGCCACCUACUAUCACUGGUGAUUCAAGAACACAUCAUCUGGGACAGUUUACAACAACAACCAAGUCUGAGUUUGUCGGAAGAUAUCUGAAAAGACAACACCUUAUGGAUCCAUCCUUGAGGGUGUGUAUCACUGUUGUUUAAAAAAAUCCUUUCAACUGAGAAAAUUUACCCCCUUUUCAUCCACAGCUGAGUGAAUUUUGUAGGGUGAAUGCUGUAGUUUACAUUAUACUCUACGUAUUUUGGUGUGGAUGCAGUGGCAAAUCUCAUUUUAUUAUUAAGAUUUGCACUUUUUUCCUUUGUUGAUCUCAUCAUUCAGUGUAGGCACUUAUUUGCUUUGGUAGGCAGUUACUGUAAUAAUAAAUUAUCAUUUUCUAUGACAGGAGUUACUUUUUUGUAGAAGUAAUGGUAAAAUAAAUUCAUGCUACAAGGCAUAUUUUUGUGCAUUAAAAUUAUCUAAAAUUUUGUUUUACAGGAUAGAGGAUCAAGCAUUCCCCAAGGAGAUCAGGAAAAAUGCAACUAUUCCACAUCAACACAACAGGAUUCAUUCCGCAAACCUGGCUUUAAAGAUUUUACAGCUUUUGACCGAGAAGAAGCUGUCAACAGACUACGGCGAACCACCUUCCAACUUGGUGACAGACGGGUUCCUGGAUAUCUUCAGACCACUGCAGCUGAGUCUUAUCCAUCACGCUUUAUGACAGGUAUUUUAAUAUUUUAAAAAGGGUUUUGUUACUUGUGUUGUCUCAGUAACCUGUCCAAUAUUGUAAUCCAAAAGCUGGCUGUUUCAGUGUGUGCCCUCCUCCAAUCAGAGUGAAUUGCUUACCAUUUAUGAAAUCUUUGUAGCUGACAACAAUUCUCCACUUGUGUUUGAUUUAGAUAAGGAUAUAAGUGCCAACCUAGAUAUGGGAAAAAGCAGCUUUCCAGAGGGAGACAUGGAUCCUGCAAGAGCCCUUGAGAGAAUUAGCAGAACUACAAAUGAUAUUUUCUUUGGAAAUGUAAGACAAUUAAAUCUAAAUCUAACUAUUUUUUUAGAAAUAUGGUCACAAAAUGCCACAAUAAAAUUAUUUAGCACAAAGAAGGCUAAAAGAUAAGUUGUUUUCAUGCAAGGAACUGAAUAAUGACACAGAUCGAGAGAAACUGAACAAUACCACUGUAUGCCAGUUGCAUUCUAGUAGUUUCUUAUACCUUUUUUGGAAUAUUAGGAAUAUGAUUUUAACAAAAAACUAGUCAAAGAACAACAGGUAAGAGGAUCACGGAAAACUGACAAAAGAAAAAAACGUCCCUCUUUAUCCAAAUAUACUGAUAUGCUACAAUGUAAUUUACUGAAUCCCAAACAGCCUCCAAGAGGACUUAGAAACAAAAUAGUUGAUGGCUCCCAUCUGAGAACUGAAUCCCAUGUGGACCUAGGAGCCGCUAGCGGGGCAAGGUUUUAUGAUACAUCAAUGAAGUCUGACUUCACGGCAGUAUCAGUUCCUUACAAUAAAGCUCCUGGUAUGACUACACACAGCAGUAUUCCACUGGAUUAUUACAGUAAGUACACGAAUAUUGAAAAGGGGAAUCCGGACGUUUCGUACCUACGGACGUUUCGUACCCAGACGAUUCGUACCCAAAGUUGAGAUGAUUCGUACCCAACUGAUAAUAAAACAUUUUUAAUCAUAUCUCUCUUAAAACAAUCUAAAUUAAAAACAUUUAUAUAAAUCAGAAGGACUCGUUACCUACGCGUGAGUUAGAUCAAAUUAUAACCACCGCUCACUUUCUUUGCGUAGACUCGUGACGCGUGAGCGGCGCUGAUACUAGAGGAGGUGAGACUUUCAUUAACAUACAAGUGAAAAGGACAUGAUACUUACACAAAAUUAGCUUGUUCCCACUUUUCACGGCUGGGUCCAAUUUUUUUUCACGGCUGGGUCCAAUUUAUAUGUCGAUGUUUGAACUUGCCGAAUCAUAAACUUUACAAAGUUGUAUAUAGUCUUUGAUUAGUCCACGUUCAGACAUGUAGCAAAUUCGGACGUAAACAAACACAUUUGUUUCGUCCCAGAGUCUCCACCAGUACGUCCUGUCUUGUGGUUAGUUCUGUUUUAGUGAAAGCCUUAACUUAAACUAUGAAAACACACUGUUUACAAAAUAAAGACUUGGUUUUUACAUGGGUACGAAUCAUCUAAGCUUUGGGUACGAAUCAUCUUAGCGUUGGGUACGAAUCAUCUCAACUUUGGGUACGAAUCGUCUGGGUACAAAACGUCCGUGGGUACGAAACGUCCGGUAAGCUUGAAAAGGUAACAAAUUCUAUGAAAUUGUAAAUCAAGGGCAGAAUAAAAUUUGUCAUUAUUCAUUUCUUCAAACAUAUUAUAAUACCGGUAUGUUUGUUCUCAAGCAAAAUCCAGCGUUGUUGAAUACGUGUGCUGGGAAUUGGAAAUUAACAGUUUUAACUGUAGAUUAAUUUCUCUCAUUUCAUUAGGUGGACAGCCUGUCAACAUGCCAACAAGCUGGAGUGAUUUUCCUUCACAUGCUGGUGUUCCAAAACUUAUUCCACACCCCUUAGCAGUAGAAAAUGUACGUAUAUGGUCCAGUUCUUGAAAUCCAAAUCGAAAACAACAUGUAACCUACAUUACAUUUACAUGGCAACGGACAAAUUUUUGACCAGCUGAAAAAUUUAACUGGAAGCUUUUCAUUCACAAGGGACCUUUCACUAUUAAUUUUCUCUCUGUUCUCACAGAACUUUGAAUGGCUGGGCAUCUAAAUUUUUGUACGGUUAAGGUCGUUCACAUGAAAAGAACACCUAAACACACUAAUUAUCAAGCAGUCGAAAAUUUGUCCAGUGUCGUGUGAACAUAUCCUUAAUUCCGUUUGUUUGUUUGUUUGUUUUUUUGCUUUAUUAAAUAAACUUAACUUAUCCAUAAUAAUUUAUGCAUUUCUAACACGAUGUUGUUGUCUUUUUUAGCUCAAAAAGUCACACAUAAAACCGCCAAUCCCUGAUGAAAGAGAGUUUAGCACGACACAUCAAAGAACUUACACACCAAAGAAAACCUCAAGAAGAAGUAUUGAUGCUGGGAGCUUGCAGCGUAGUUCAGUUCCUCUGGGAACUUUGACAACAUAUGUUUAA